GAAGUGAACUCCGUUUUACGUAAAGUAUUUUUAAUUAGCGUUUCUUUUGCUAAACAUGCUUAGCAGAUUCUUUCCCUGCUCUGCUGCAUAAACUAAAAAACAUUUAGAGAGUAAAAAUUCUGGGUAUGGGAAAUUAAAACUUAAAAACAUGGACCGGCUGAGCUUGUUUGGAUUAUUACACCGAAAAAUAAAAACCCCACAUGGUAUGGUGUUUGUUUGGGUUCUUACUUCUUACACAUUACAGCUGCAGAUACCUUUCCUCAUAAUGUUGUGUUCCCAUCGUUGCUUGUCUUCUGUCUUUUAGACUGUCCUUUCCUACUUGCACACAAUCUCCUACACAACUCCUUUGUCUUCGCUUCUUCUUCCUUUGCUACAAUGAAGACCUUUUGAUUUUGGGUAAUUGUUCAUUACUUGAUCUUUGAGAUCUGGGGUUUUGAACCGUUGUUGUCGGGAUUUGGUUUCAUUUGGGCUACUUGUUGAGAAAAAAAAUGGCUCCGGGAUUAGAUUUCUCAGAUUGGGGGGCAAAGGAGACGAGGAAAGGGACACCGGUGGUAGUGAAAAUGGAGAACCCAAACUACUCGGUGGUAGAAAUCGAGGACCCAGAUGCUGCAUUCAGGCCUGUGGAAAAGAGCAGAGGGAAAAAUGCAAAGCAAGUGACAUGGGUUUUGCUUCUCAAGGCUCAUCGUGCUGUCGGCUGUGUCGCUUGGAUAGCUACACUGUUCUGGGCAUUGCUUGGAACCAUAAAGAAAAGGUUGAUCUUCAGGCAAGAUGUUGACAUGGCAAGUGAAAAGUUGGGGAAAGGGAUACUGCUCUUCACUGUCAUUAAAGCCUUUCUGGUGACUUCCUUGACAAUCCUAGCUUUUGAGAUUAUUGCUUAUUUCAAUGGUUGGCAUUAUUUUCAGAACCCCAGUUUGCACAUUCCCAGAACCAGUGAAAUCCAGGGACUGUUCCACUUGGUUUACGUCACUUGGUUGUGGUUUCGGGCCGAUUACAUUGCACCAUUAAUCCAAGCCUUGUCUAAAUUCUGUGUAGCUCUAUUCCUUAUCCAAUCUGCAGACCGUAUGGUACUUUGCUUAGGCUGCUUUUGGAUUAAAUACAAGAAGAUUAAGCCGAGAAUUGAGGGGAAUCCAUUCAAGUCAAAUGAUGUCGAGGGAUCUGGUUACGACUACCCCAUGGUUCUUGUUCAAAUCCCAAUGUGUAACGAGAGGGAGGUAUAUGAGCAGUCUAUCUCUGCUGUCUGCCAACUUGACUGGCCAAAGGACCGAUUAUUGAUUCAGGUUCUGGAUGAUUCCGAUGAUGAAAGCAUCCAGUGUUUAAUUAAAGCAGAGGUUGCUACAUGGAACCAAAGGGGUAUCAACAUAAUUUAUAGACAUCGGUUAAUAAGAACUGGUUACAAGGCUGGGAAUCUUAAGUCUGCAAUGAGCUGCGAGUAUGUACAGGCCUAUGAGUUUGUAGCAAUAUUCGAUGCUGAUUUCCAACCUAACCCUGAUUUUCUAAAGCAAACAGUUCCACAUUUCAAGGACAAUCCCGAGUUAGGGUUAGUUCAGGCUAGAUGGACUUUUGUGAACAAGGAUGAGAAUUUGUUGACUCGUCUCCAGAACAUUAACUUAUGUUUCCACUUUGAAGUUGAACAGCAAGUAAAUAGUGUAUUUUUAAAUUUCUUUGGUUUUAACGGAACUGCUGGUGUUUGGAGAAUUAGAGCUCUUGAGGAAUCCGGAGGCUGGCUUGAAAGGACUACUGUAGAGGACAUGGACAUAGCUGUUCGUGCGCAUCUUAAUGGUUGGAAGUUCAUCUUCCUAAAUGAUGUGAAGGUCCUUUGUGAAGUCCCCGAGUCUUAUGAAGCAUACAGGAAGCAACAACAUCGAUGGCAUUCGGGACCAAUGCACCUAUUCCGCUUAUGCCUUCCAGCAAUCAUAACUUCCAAGAUAGCAAUAUGGAAGAAAGCAAAUUUAAUACUUCUGUUCUUUUUAUUGAGGAAGCUUAUCCUUCCCUUCUACUCCUUCACAUUGUUUUGCAUAAUUCUUCCUCUCACCAUGUUUGUACCAGAGGCUGAGCUCCCUGUUUGGGUCAUUUGUUAUGUACCUGUUUUUAUGUCUUUCCUCAACAUUCUUCCAGCCCCCAAAUCAUUCCCUUUCAUUGUCCCUUACCUUCUAUUCGAGAACACCAUGUCUGUGACCAAAUUCAAUGCAAUGGUAUCUGGGUUAUUCAAGUUGGGUAGCUCCUAUGAGUGGGUUGUCACCAAAAAGGCUGGCAGGUCAUCAGAAUCUGACUUAUUGGCUGCUGCUGAGAGGGAAUCAAAGACAACAAACCAGCUGCAAAUCCAGAGAGGAGCUUCUGAAAGUGAGCUAACUGAACUAAACCGAUUGAAGGCGGCCCCUGUUCCUGUUAAGAGGGUGAAUAAGAUAUACAGGAAAGAACUCACUCUGGCGUUCCUCCUACUCACAGCUUCAGUUAGGAGCCUGUUAUCGGCACAAGGAGUACAUUUCUACUUCCUCCUCUUCCAAGGGGUGACUUUUCUCCUAGUCGGUCUGGAUUUAAUAGGAGAGCAGAUGAGCUAGUGCUGCAUGCCAUCCGGUUCAAUAACCAAAGUUUCAUUUUCAAUAUGCCCAAUAGAAGGUUUUUAUUCAUUAAUAACUUUACUUCCUGUAAUCUCAGUUUGUUAUUUUUAUUUUUCACAUUGGAUGGUGGUCCUUAUGUUAUCCCUUAGGCGUUAAAGCAUUGUUUGUCUAUAGGUAGGAUUUGUAUUUCACCCUGAUUCUUGCUUGAGUGUUUCUGGUUUGGCACUAAAGAUUCAAGCCAUAUUGUAUUUGUAAAGUUGGAAAGCUUGGGUAGGGCAUAAGAAUGAGCUUGCAUGAUGCUGCUCUUUGGUUCCAUAUUUACGUUGAGGAUAUGUAAAACAUCAAAUCUUGUACAUUGUGUUAUGUCCAAUACAUGACAAUUAAAUUCCUUUC